GCAUCCAUCCAGAGCCGCAUCCUUCCAUGCUUCUUUUCUAGUUUUGCCAUUUGCUGUGGCGCGUGCUGUGCAUAGUUCCUGCGGUUGCUUAUUAACUGGUCAUCAUGUCAGAAAAAUCUAAUGUAGACGACAGUGUGACUGCCUCCACCGAACAUACAUUCUGCGAUAAGUUAUCGGGAUUACAAGACCAAGACCAUGUCCAGAACACCGACGAUCCUUACUUCUACACCAAGCGUAACGAAUUUACCUCAGAGAUCUUCAAAAUAGAAAUUUCAAAUCUGCCCAGGAUCUUUGGGCACGGUCAACUUCGGAAGCUGUUGCAGAAGCUCAAAGUGAACGCGCACAAAGUGAAAGUGCUGGGACAAACAAAACCGUAUGCGUUUGUUUCAUUCAGAUGUGAGGAGGACCGCAAUAAGGCGAUGGAUAUCCUGGAAGGCUUCAUCUUUAAGGGAAAAGCACUUUCAGUCAAGAAAGCAAAUCCAAUGGCUGAUCCCCUGGUGCGAAAACGCAAGCUUGGUGAAGAAUCCCUUCACCCUGAUCGUGGUGCAGAAAAAAGUGUUUGGGAAAGGGUGAAGGAAGCCAUAGCACCGUGGUCUGACAUUCCUUACGAUGAGCAACUUUUGCGGAAGGAAGAGGGCGUGAAGAAGAUCAUCAUCAAAUAUGCCAGGCAACUGGAAAAGAAUAACGUGGCUCUCAAGUCAUGGGCUGCAGAACAGAGGAAGAAAUACGGAACGACAGUUUGUGCUCUGGGGUCUGUUAUGGCGUCCCCAGAUGUAGAAGGUUACCGUAACAAGAACGAGUUCAGCAUCGGACCCCACUUGCAGAGCAGCCGACCCACAGUCGGUUUCCGCAUCAGCAGUUACCGACAAGGUUCCACGAGUGUGGUGGAACCGGACCAACUCAACAACGUGCCUCUAGUUGCCAAAAAUGUCACCAAGAGCUUUCAAGAGUACGUGCGUGGGUCAGACAAGAAAGUUUUUGACCCCGAGACUCACGAAGGAUACUGGCGGCAAUUGACAGUAAGGACCACAAGAAAAAACCAUGUCAUGGCCAUCGUUGUCAUCCACCCACAACAGCUCACUGAGGAGGAAAUUGCAUUGGAAAAAGAAAAUCUCAAGAUUCUCUUCACUCAAGGUCCGGGCAAGGAAUGUGGUGUGACGUCGCUUUAUCUUCAGCGUUUUGACAAAAAGAACAGCGAUGGCGAGCAGGCAAACUUUGAGCACAUUUUUGGGACUCAUGACAUUGAGGAGGUAUUGUCAGGCUUGACAUUCCAGAUAAGUCCAGAUGCAUUUUUUCAAGUGAAUACGGCAGCAGCAGAAAUCCUAUAUGAUCAAACUGGGAAAAUGGCGAAUCUAAAUCAAGACACAACAUUGCUGGAUGUCUGUUGUGGCACUGGUACAAUUGGACUGACACUUUCUGCAAAAGUGAAGAAAGUGUACGGUAUAGAGACGUGCAAGCGUGCAGUCGACAAUGCUAGGAAGAAUGCCGAGGCCAAUGGAAUAAAGAAUGCUAGCUUUGUUCUGGGCAAGGCUGAAGACGUCAUCUAUGACGUCCUCAACAUGCUUCGAGACAGCAAAGAACUCGUUGCCGUUGUCGACCCACCGAGACAGGGUCUUCAUAGUAAGGUACUGAAAACCCUCCGAGCCACUCAACAGAUAAGAAAGAUAGUGUAUAUUUCCUGUAACCCAGCAGCUGCUCUCCAGAAUUUUAUAGAUCUUGGACGGCCAACAUCAAACAACUAUAAAGGAGAUCCAUUUGUAAUGACAAGGGCGACACCCGUGGACAUGUUUCCUCAGACACCACAUUGCGAGCUUGCGCUUCUCUUUGAGCGGUGCACAAAUAAAUUGCCAAGUUGAAGUCUCUUUUACGAAAGCCACCAAGCGGAUAAAGUAUCAGACCAAGUAAAGAAAUAAAAUGACUGCCUCCA